GGAGGGGAGCCGGCUCGCGCCGCUCUGGCCGCCGCCCCCUGCCCUCCCCUGCCUUCAUCGUCCCCCCGGUGCAUUGUGGGAUAGUGGCGGCCCGGCCCGGCAGCGCCCCCUCCUCCCUCCCCCUCCCCAGCUCCUUCUCCAUCCCCAGGUCCAAGAUGGCGGCGGCGGCGGCGGCUCCUCCGGCCCCAUCCCCGCCGCCCCCUGCCCCGGCGGGCCCGCGCUGCCCGGGCUCCUGGCCCAACUUCGCCGUUGUCUGCUCCUUCCUCGAGCGCUACGGGGCCCUGCUGGACCUGCCCGAGCUGCCCUUCCCCGAACUGGAGCGCGUCCUGCAACCGCCGCAGGAGCCCGGAGACCAGGUCCCAAAAGAAUUGGUGGAGCUUCACUUGAAACUGAUGAGAAAGAUUGGGAAGUCUGUCACAGCAGACAGAUGGGAAAAAUACUUGAUCAAGAUAUGUCAAGAAUUCAACAGCACUUGGGCUUGGGAGAUGGAAAAAAAAGGAUACCUAGAAAUGAGUGUUGAAUGCAAACUGGGGAUUCUGAAGUAUCUCUGCGAAUGUCAGUUUGAUGACAAUCUGAAGUUUAAGAAUAUCAUUAACGAGGAGGAUGCUGACGCCAUGCGUCUGCAGCCCAUUGGUCGGGACAAGGAUGGCCUCAUGUACUGGUAUCAGCUGGAUCAAGAGCAUAAUGUCAGGAUGUACAUAGAAGAACAGGAUGACCAGGAUGGAUCCACUUGGAAGUGCAUUGUUAGAAACCGCAAUGAGCUUGCCGAGACCCUUGAGCUCUUGAAAGCGCAAAUUGAUCCUGCUCUGUUGAAAAACAACAAUUCUCAGCAGGAGAAUUCAUCACGUGAAAGUCCAAGCAUAGAAGAUGAGGACACCAAAAAGGGUGAAGAAGCAGCCACACAAGAAAAUCAAUUGAAAAUCAAAGAAGAAAAAGAGGAGGUAGAGGAACAGUCAGUCGAAUCGGAAAGCCUUCUUCCUCCUGUGGUCAAAGAAGAUGAAAAUGCACUUAAAAUUGAGAAAGUGGAAGAAAAAGAAAUUAUAAAACUGCCAGUAAUAGUGAAAUUAGAAAAACCUUCAGAACAUAAUGAAGAAAAGCAAACUGUCAAGGAAGAAAGUGACUCCUUUAAGGAAAAUGUCAAGCCUGUUAAAGUAGAGCUGAAGGAAAACAAAACGGAGCCCAAAGACCUAAAAGAAGUGAAAAGCUGUAUGGACAAAAUAGCAGUUCAUGAGCCAGAGAGGUUAGAAUUUUGUGUUAAUGUCAAAACUCCACAAGAAAUUGUGGAGAAAUCUGUGGAAGAAAGUGAAAAACUUAAAAAUGACCAACAGGCAAAAAUACCACUUAAAAAGCGAGAGAUCAAACUGACAGAUGACUAUGACAGUCCAAUAAAAGGGCCCCUGUGUAAAUGUGUGACUCCAACAAAGGAUGUCUUGAAGGAAGAAGGGAAAUCAGAAGAAGAAGCUUUUAAGAGAGUCCCUACCAUUACUGCUCUAUGUCCUGAUGGGAAAGUGCUAGUAAAUGGAGAGGUUAGCUGUGAAAAAAUAACCCCAAGUGUCAUACAAAAUAGUAAGUCAGAGCACUCUGCUAGUGCUAUGGAAGACAGCACUUCAUUAAAGGAGAAAAAUGGAAAAAGCGGGGAAAAAGUAUCAGACUCCCUAAAUUCUGUUAUAAAAACAUGUGAGAUUGAGAAAAACGCAGUAACUGUGCUGAAAGAGAUCGGGGCUGUGGUCUCUGAGGUUUCUAAUCAGAAAGUGCCUUCAAAGGAGGAAUCUAGUCCUGUGGAAAAAGAGUCCCUUGACAGCGCAACUACUGAGACGGUAGCAGAAGAGGCUUCAAACUCUGAAGACUGUGCCAAAACAACUGAAGAGAAACAAGCCACUGAUCUCAAAAACGACAGCAUGCCACCACCCAAAGAAUGUUCAGAGAAGCUAGAGAUGUCCCCAAGUGCAUCUGCUCCUGCAGAACUGCCUAAGCUUGCACUGGCUGAUGAAGAGACUUUGAAAAGUAAAGAUGAGCCCGAGGAGAAAAACGACUCUCCAAAAGCUGCUGAGAUACCUCCUGCAUCCACUUCACCUGUUACAGUAGAGAAACCUGUUCCAGAAGAGGAGGACUCCGAUAAUAAAAUGGCUCUACCUGAGGAGAGCAAAGUAGAAGAAAAAUCCAGCCCAGAAAAACAAGAGGAAGAGCCAGAAACUGCCAAAACAGAGCCAGAUAGAUUAGAUGAUGCCUGUGCAUCUAAUCUAGAGGACUCCUCAGAGAGUAAAAAGGAAUCUCCAGUACCUAAAAGCAAAUUUAAAUAUAAGCUAGUUUCUGAAGAAGAAACCUGUGCAACAGAAAAUAAAGAAAUAACUUCUGAAAGACAAAAAGAAGGAAUUAAAUUAACAAUCAGGAUCUCUAGUCGGAAGAGAAAGACAGAAACACCGCCAGAAGAGGUCAGCAUUGGCCGCACGUUAAGGCGCUCACCAAGAAUAUCCAAGCCUACUCUGAAAGUUGUGGAGACUCGGGAUCAGAAGCCUGAGAAGAAGCGACCUGAAGAGGAAGAGGAGAAACCUGCAGCAGCACAAAAACCAGAACGAAAAGAAGAUGCAAAAAAACAAGAGAAGGAGACAAAUUCUAAAGUUAACAAGAGAAGCAAAGUUCGGUGGACGGGUACACGGACACGUGGCAGGUGGAAAUACUCAAGUAAUGAAGAGACUGAGGACUCUGAGAGUGAAAAAAACUCUGAGGAGGAGGAAGAAGAGGAGGAAGAGGAGGAAGAAGAAGCUCCACCUGCUGAUGACGAUGAACCCUGCAAGAAGUGCGGCCUUCCCAAUCAUCCCGAACUGAUUUUGUUGUGUGACUCAUGUGACAGCGGCUACCACACAGCCUGCCUUCGCCCUCCGCUGAUGAUCAUCCCUGAUGGAGAGUGGUUCUGCCCGCCUUGCCAGCAUAAAUUACUCUGUGAGAAAUUAGAGGAACAAUUACAAGAUCUGGAUGUGGUCUUAAAAAAGAAGGAGCGUGCAGAACGCAGAAAAGAGCGAUUGGUGUACGUGGGUAUCAGUAUUGAGAACAUCAUUCCACCUCAGGAGCCAGAAAUACCUGAAGGUCAGGAAGAAAAGAAGAAAGAUUCUAAAAAGCCCAAAUCGAAACUUGAAAGGAGAUCUACCAGAACCCGAAAGUGCAUAAGCUACAGGUUUGAUGAAUUUGAUGAGGCAAUUGAUGAGGCAAUUGAAGAUGAUAUCAAGGAGGCUGAUGGAGGAGGCAUUGGCAGAGGCAAAGACAUGUCAAAUAUCACAGGUCACCGUGGGAAAGACAUUUCCACAAUCCUCGAGGAGGAAAGGAAGGAGAACAAGCGACCACAAAGGGCUGCUGCAGCACGACGCAAGAAACGACGGCGACUAAAUGACUUGGAUAGCGACAGUAACAUGGAUGAAGAAGAGAGUGAGGAUGAAUUCAAGAUCAGUGAUGGAUCUCAGGAUGAGUUUGUUAUAUCAGAGGAAAAUCUGGAUGAAAGUGAAGAUGACCCACCAUCAAACGAGGACAGUGACUCCGAGUUCUGCGCCCGCAUAUCCAGGCGACACCUCUCCAGGCCCAUGAGGCAAAGCAGGCGGUUACGAAGGAAAACAGUCAAGAAAAAAUACUCUGAAGAUGAUGAAGAUGAAGAGUCUGAGGACAAUUCAAGCAGAGAGUCUGAGAGUGGUGAUUACACAGAUUACAGCGAUGAUGACUACCUGGAAACUAGGAGGAGAAGAUCAAGAAGGAAUCAGAAGAGACAAGUCAAUUAUAAGGAAGAUUCAGAAAGUGAUGGCUCACAGAAAAGUGUCCGAUAUGGGAAGGAGUUGAGAAGAGUUCAUAAACGCAGGCUCUCCACUUCAGAUAGUGAAGAGAGCUACACAUCUAAGAACUCUGAAGAUGAUGAAUCCACAAAGGAGUCCAAGCGAUUGAUUCGAAAACGUCGGCGAAGUACAGAUGACUAUUCCGAGGAAGAAGGAGAGGAUGAGGAGGAAGAAGGGAAGCCUGUCCGCAAACGCCUGAAUCGAAUUGAGACUGACGAGGAAGAUGCGUGCGAAAACGCCAACGACAACGCAGAAACCCCCGCUCCCGCAGAUAAGCUGCCAGCAGCACAAGCCCCCCCAGACAACCCCAAGAAGCACUGCUACCGGAUAGAGAGUGAUGACGAAGAUGACUUUGAUAAUGUAGGGAAAGUAGAGAGCCCUUUGGACUACAGCCUGGUGGACUUGCCUUCCACCAACGGACAGAGCCCAGGGAAAACCAUUGAGAACUUGAUUGGCAAGCCAAGCGAGAAGACCCAGGCCCCCAAGGACAGCACAGCCAGCGCCAGCCUGGCGCCCAACGGGACAGGCAGUGGGCAGGAAGCGGUAGGGCCGGAGGAAGAUGAAGAUGAACUUUUGAGAGUGACUGACCUUGUUGAUUACGUCUGUAACAGUGAACAGUUAUAAGACUUCCAUUUUUGUGCUAAUUUAUUCCACGGUAGCUCAUACCAGCGGGCCAGUUAUUAAAAGUUGUUUUAUUUUUCCUAGAAAAUUCUCCACUACAGUAUCACUUUCUAGAAGCAAGAAUUUCACCAGUCCUGCAGUCUUUCUGUGAAGUGACCAGUUUUGAACUUUGAAGACGAAUUGCUGUAAAUUCCCUCUCUUACCCCCCCUUCUCCUUCCAAGUCCAUGGUCCUGGGUAAUUUCACUCACAAAAACCUUAUAACAACAAGAGAUUUGUAUAUUUUUGACUUUA